UUGCCAAUAAACCCACUCUCUAGGUCACUGUUAUAUAUUAAAGAUAAAAAUUUUUGUCUUGAUCUUGGUUUUGAUUUGGUGCUGGUUUUGGUCUUGGCUUUGGUCUUGCUGGGUUGGAUGAAUGUGUGUGUGUGUGUGUGUGGCGUGCCUGCAGUUGGUGGCGCCCGUCUCGCUGAUGGAGCUGCCGGCGUACCUGGCGGAGCAUCGCGAUUACCCGCUAAGAUGCCCCUGUCUGCUUCAUAAUCACUCGCAAAUUGACUGGUAAUGAACGUUUCAGGCACAACGGGACGAGGCAGAAGGGAACGCAGGGGCAGAUUAUCAUAAGGGUCAAAUUUAGCUCUCCUCCAUGUGCUUCUCGUCCUCAGUGUCACGCAUCUCUCUGUGUUGGCGCCACGCAGCUGUAAAAGUCCUUAAUGAGACGCCGCGAGGUCAUUGAAGACAAUUGCGUACCUCAGGGUAAACAGAUGCUGCUGAGUGAGGGGAACAGGAGACACAUACCUCCAGGCUUCCCAGUAGUAAUCAACAGGUGAUUCAAAGCAAAUAUGCGAGGUAAUUGGGUUAAUACUCAUUGCGCUAUACACGAAGAAUUCUUAAGUCGCUUACAUCCCGAGCGUUCGUGAGUUAGGGAUCAUGUCGUGUGUGUGUGUGUGUGGUGCGCAGAUGCCUGUUCUCCUCAUCAGUACUCCGCCCCACCCCGCACUACCUCACCCUGGCUUGCAACAACACCAAGACACAGACGCUAGGGCAUCGCGCCGCUGCUCCACUCCAACCCUCCUCAGUGUCUCUCCGCCGCCACUCAUGCCCUACACGCUCCUCCUCCUGCUGGUGGUCUCGGUGUGGGUCCGUGGAGUCCCCAUGGAACACACCGCAGCCCUCAAACAGGAGCAAGUCACACCCCUGCCACACGUGCUUCCCUCACCGCCUCCAUCACUCGCCGUGCUGCCUCAAGAGAGCCUCGAGCGGGAGGGGGAGACCCUGGCCACCACCCUCAUUCAGCUGCUGCGAAGAGCCGCCACCGCCGCUCGAGUGGUGGGGUGCCCCUACCCUUACACGCAGGUCAUCCACGAGUGUUUCUAUAUGCAUAAGAAAAAGCUGACCUGGCCACAGGCGCGGAGGGUGUGUCAGGGCAUGAGCGGCGACCUGGCAGAGCCGCUCCAAAUCUACGCUUUGCAGACCCAUCUGGCGGAUGUCUAUGGCCCCGGGUACCUCUGGGUGGGCGCCACCAACGAGGGAGCCGCGGAUGGGGAGUGGCGGUGGGUGUCUGGGCGGCGCCUGGACCCUGAGGACUGGCUCUUCCAGCGGCCGGACAACCAGAACGGCGACGAGCACUGCCUAGAGAUGGUCAUGUCGGACUACCCGAAGGUAUUCAACGACGAGACGUGUGGCCUGGCGCAGCGCUUCAUCUGUCAGUACCGCACUGAAUGACGCCACUCUCACCGCUGGAAUCACGAAGCGCAACAACUCCUGGCGGAAACAUGAGUGGCUGUGUCAUUCUCCGCCUCUCACGUGUCAUGUAAAUAUUGGGUUUUUAUUCGAGAGGUGAAACCCAAAUCUUGUGAAGUUGCAUGUGAGGCAAAAUUAUGGUUACCAAGCUUGUUAAGUCUGGUGAACGCCACAUUUUCCUCGUGUCACGCCCAGACCUCCGCCCGUCCGCCCGCCUUCCUUCUCCUUUCAGCGUUAUUUUCUUGCCGUAUUUUCUCAACCUCUUAAUAAAGGAAGAAAAUUAUCGGGGAAAAUGGACAGACAGCAUAUCAGAUCGCUGCAUUGUUAGCACGGCACAGCAGGGUCCUGUUACGGCGCUAUGGGUAUUUUUUUUUUUUCUUUAUUUGUAUUAUCGAUAGAAAUAGAAAAAUACUCCUACUCUCUCCGCCCUCACAGGGGUUGGUGCGAGGUACAGAUAAGGUAGACAAAGAUUAAUCACAUGAAAAUUAGACAUAGAGGAAACUGGACCCAAAUGUCUAUGAAAUUAACGAAUAUUAUAUUUUAAAUAAAUCUUGCAUUG